CGUAUGAAUUAUUAAAUAACCCCACGGUAUAUUUUUUGUUGAUAAUACAUUUUUAAAACAAAAAUUAAUGCCUCUAUACCGAGGAGGGUAGAAUAAGAACGGAGGGAGCAUGUCGUAUGCUUUCAAUGGUACGGUUUUGGCCCAAAAUCAACUACCGCAAACACCGUUUACGAUCGGUCUGUCGACUGUGCGCAUGUGCGAGCUGGCUACAAACUCGAGAAAAGCCCAUCGUACUCCAUGGGCGUACAUCUCAGUUAUUUUGUUCCAUCACGUGCUGUGUAUCUUUAUACUUUGAGCCGUUUUGUUUUUAAUAAAUUCCACAUGGUGAACUGCAAACUUUGUAAGUCGUGGAAUGGUAGUAAACAAUGUGUGAAAGACAGACUUAGUUUUCAUAAACAAAGAAGCAGUUCUUAUAAAAUGUUAAUUGUAACAUUCGGGGUGUUGUCUUUAACCCUCAUCUUGGUAUACUACAAAUGGAGACACCAGUACUGGAGACGAAAAAACGUACCUUUUUUGACACCAAGCAUACCAUUUGGUAACCUGAAGAAUCCUUUCAACCUCAAAGAAAAUGUUGGCGAAACGAUUCACACGAUCUACAAUGAAAUGAAAAAGCGGAAAUGGAAGCACGGAGGGAUAUACCAAUUUACGUCUCCUGUUUAUGUUGUCCUUGAUUUAGAGUACGUCAAAAACAUACUAACGAAAGAUUUUGAUCACUUCAUAGAUCGUGGGUUUUACUAUAACGAGAAAGAUGACCCCCUUAGUGCCCACCUUUUUGCUCUCGGUGGCUCAAAAUGGCGAAAUUUGAGACACAAAAUUAGCCCCACUUUCACUUCUGGGAAAAUGAAGCUCAUGUUUCCAAGUAUGGUGGAAUGUGCAAAAAAUCUGGAAGAAAGACUUCGUGUAGAAUUCGAGAAAAACGAACCAAUAGACAUCAGAGAGGUUCUGGCUUGCUAUACGACCGAUAUUAUAGGUAGCUGCGCUUUUGGUUUAGAUAUUAAAUCUUUCAAAGAUUCCAAUUCCCCGUUUAGAGUGUACGGGAGGAAAGUUUUCGCUGAGACAAAUGCUAUUAAGAUGACUUUCGCAACAACUUUUCCUGAUUUUUCGCGUAAGUUGAGACUUAUUUUAAGUCCUAACGAUGCAACAGAAUUUUUUCUCAAUGUUGUUAAGGAGAAUGUCAGCUACAGAGAAAAAAAUUCGUAUUUUCGUAACGACUUUAUACAACUACUGACCGAAAUAAAGAACAAACGCAAGUGCGAUGAAACAGACAACUUAACCGUUGAAGAAAUAGCAGCCCAGUGUUUUGUCUUCUUUUUGGCAGGUUUUGAAACCUCAUCCAAUACUAUGGCUUAUGCGUUUUACGAACUUGCUCGUCAUCAGGAUGUUCAGGACAAACUUAGAGACGAAAUUCAAACGGUUAUGAAAAGACAUGAUGGAAAAAUUUCCUACAGUUCGCUACAAGAACUGAAAUACAUGGACCAAGUCCUAGACGAAACACUGAGAAAAUAUCCAACGCUUUUCUCCAUAACUCGACGGUGCAUUAAAGACUACAAAAUUCCAGAUGAAAAUAUUAUUAUUGAGAAAGGUACAACAGUGGUCAUUUCUGCUCUUGGUAUCCAUUACGAUGAAGAAUAUUAUCCGGACCCUCAGAAGUUUGAUCCUGAACGGUUUUCUGAAGAAAAUAAGAAGAGUAGACAUCAAUAUGCCCAUCUUGCGUUUGGUGGAGGCCCUAGAAGAUGUAUAGGGAUGCGGUUUGGGGUUAUGGAAGCAAAAAUUGGAUUCAUUUCUUUGCUGAAAGAGUAUAAAUUUACUGUUAACCAGAAAACCGAAGACCCUUUAAAGAUGAAAGUGAAUUCUUUCGUUGUGGCACCACAGGGGGAAAUUUGGUUGAAUGCAGAGAAACUUCAAAUACCCAUUUAGUUAUAAAAUGUUUAUGUUAAAAGUAUCAUUAUUAUUAUUAAUAAAUAUAUACGUUCGAGUAGAA